GAUUGGGAUAACAAGCGGGAAACUACACCUCCCAGAGGGCGACGCACCCGACUUCCGCCCCCUCCGCUGCCUAGUUCGCUUGAGAGGUCACGUGUGCCGGAAAAGCUUGCUUCACCUGGAGUCCCCCUUCACAAAAUUAAACGAACACCCCCCUCCAAAAAAAUACAAAAAUCAUUGCAACGACCUCGACAGCGCCAUCAGACAUCGAGUACAGAGAAGCGAUAAAGGUGCUCGGGCGGAAACGAAGGGAUGGAGAAACUGUUCGCCGUGCUGAGGCGAGGUCGUUUUCCUUGGGGCUUGGGGCCGUUUCGCGCGCCGCCCGUUUCGAACGUUUUUCGAAUCCAACGGUCACAACAGUCGGCGGCCGGCGGCCUCGCGCCUGCGCGCUGGCUGCUGUGCGCCGGCCGCCGGCUCCGCAGCCCUCCCUCGACGGCGUCCGCCUGCCUCUCCGGGAUGUCCCACGAGGACUUUAAUCCUUCAUGGUCCACCACCGACUGGAAAGUGGCGAAAGAGCACCUUGAGAAAAUUGAUCGCGCUGAGAGACGAAGUUACUACAAAACUGAAAGAUUUGUUAUCCUUGAUGAGAUUCAAACCUGGAAAGAGCUUGCUGAAGAAGAAAAGUUUAGACAGCCAUUUUCACACUUUGGGAAGGAUGAUGUUAUGAAUCAAAAGCUUUCAAUCAUGCAAGAGGACAUCACCAAACUGGAAAUUGAUACAAUCGUCAAUGCAGCAAAUUCUUCACUAAUGGGAGGGGGCGGAGUGGACGGCGCUAUCCAUGCAGGAGCUGGGCCUUUACUGCAGAAGGAGUGCAGUACACUGGGAGGGUGUAAAACUGGAGAUGCUAAAAUUACCAGUGGCUACUGCCUGCCUGCCAAGUAUGUCAUUCACACAGUGGGACCCAUUGUACAGGGGAAGGAAAGGCUUCCAGAGAAGGCCCUACAGAGUUGUUACAUAAAGAGUCUGAAACUGGCUGAGGACAACAACCUGCGAACCAUUGCUUUUCCCUGUAUCUCAACUGGAAUUUAUGGCUACCCCAAUGGACAGGCUGCAGAAACUGUCUUGAAGACCGUCAGAGAGUUUCUAGAAGAACACAAGGACUCGUUUGACCGCAUUAUAUUCUGCGUCUUUCUGAAUUUCGAUUACAACCUCUACAAGCAAAAGAUGCCGUUCUACUUCCCAUACGAUGUUGUUCCUCCAGAGUCUCUAAGGGGGGUGUCCAACACAGCUGAUAAAGAUGAAAACCAGACGAUGAAAAUGUCGAAACACAGAGACAGACAAGGUGCCAAAUCCUAGAGCCUGCCUUCGAACAGCACCAUUGAAGGAUGAAGCCCUUAUUACAAGAGGAAGACUGGAACUGAAGACACUGCAAGAAAUCUAUUCCUCAUGGCUCCCGUUCUAAUUCAUUUCUGCCGAGACUUGAUCUACAAGCUGGAAAUUCGAUGAGGCAUGAAAAUUAUAAGCAACAAAGCAAUAAAUUCUGAAUUAUAUAGAAAUCCACUACUGAAGUCAGUAUAAUAGUCACAGAAAAUCAUUAAAUAUGCUAACUUUGUACUCUGUAUUUUGUUUUGCUAAUGAUUUUCUCCCGCUUAUGUCUUCUGAUAGAGAAUGCUUUAAUUCCCCAUAUGUAACUCUCUGUUGUCUUUCCAAUACUCUGAAUGUGACUUUCCCAUCUCUCAAUUCUUCCUGGUGAUAUCCCAUUGAUACAUUACUGUCUCCCACGACGAGUUACCCACUUGGUAACUUCCACCCACUUGCCUCUUAGAAAUAAAGAAAAUAGGUGCAGGAGUAGGCCAUUCAGCCCUUCGAGCCAGCACCACCGUUCAAUAUAUUCUUGGCUGCUCAUGAAAUCUCAGUAUCCGAUUCCCGCUUUCUCUCAUUACCUCUUCAUCCCUUUAGCUGCAAGGGCCACGUCUCGCUCCCUCUUGAAUGUACCUAACAAACUGGCCCCAACAGUUUCCUGUGGGAGAGAAUUCCACAGGCUCUCAAUUCUCUGAGUGAAGAAAUUCUUCCUCAUCUUGGUCCCUAUUCUUAGACUGCAGCCUCUAGUUCUGGACUUCCCCAAUAUUGGGAGCAUUCCUCCUGCAUUUAGCCUGUUCAAUCCCAUCAAGAUUUUAUGUUUCUAUAAUAAUCCACCCAUUCUUCUAAAUUCCAACAAGUGCAAGCCCAGUCGAUCCAGUCUUACCUCCAAGGUCUUCUUCCUUAUCUUGCUCCAGCCAACUAUCUCUUCACCAAUCAAUUAUUCUCUCUGAAACUCUCCUCUCUGUAUCCAUUGCUCCCUGUAUCACUCUGUCUUGCCCGCCACAAGAACUUGAGAAAGGACGGUCUAGACUGAAAUAACAAGGUGUAGAGCUGGUUGAACACAGCAGGCCAGGCAGCAUCAGAGGAGCAGGAAAGCUGAUGUUUCUGAAGAAGGGUCCUGACCCGAAACAGCAGCUUUCGUGCUCCUCUGAUGCUGCUUGGCCUGCUGUGUUCAUCCAGCUCUACACCUUGUUACCUCGGACUCCAGCAUUGGCAGUUCCUACUAUCUCUGGUCUAGACUGAAGCCUCGUUACCGAUUGUAAUGACUGCCAACUGGUAGUUAAUAGUGGGCACAGACUACAAUUGACAGCCGGCAGAGAGAUGGAAGCCAGCAGGUAAGCUUCAAAUGCAACCUUAUCAGUGCUAAUAGUGUCAUUCUCCACACCACAAUUUAGUGGAUCUCUCUCCUCUGAAGCAGGCAGAUAACUGAUUCUUCCACUGCUGUUGUCUAAAAAGAAUAAGUUAUGUUUUGAUGGGUUAUCCUCAUAGUCUGAAUGCUCCUUUGGCUAUGCAUUGAUGGUUGGUUGAGUUUGAUUAUCAUUGUAGUUGAU